CAAGAUGGCCCUUCUAUCGAGACUCUCGAUGUUCGCAAAUCCGACUGCACCGAGACAGUCAGUCGGGCAGAAGAACUUGAUCUUGAAAACCAAAAAGAAAAUGAGGAGUCUCUAGACAGACUCAUCAUAGACAACACGGCAGUCUAUAAUGGGAUCCAUCCUUUGUUUCCUCGCUCUAGCUUCCGACUUGAGAAUCGGUACAUUGAUCAGCCUCGCAAGCUUAGGGUGGUAGUUAUCGGGGCUGGCAUAGCUGGAAUUACGGCAGGAAUGCUUUUGCCCCAUAAGGUGCCUGGGAUUGAUCUACACAUCUACGAAAAGAAUGAAGAGCUGGGUGGAGUGUGGCUGGAAAAUAGAUAUCCUGGAGUUCGAUGCGAUGUUCCAUCCCACGUUUACCAAUCGACAUUCUCCCCAAAUACGGAAUGGUCCGAGGUAUACGCUCGGGGCCACGAGAUACACGAAUACUGGGUGUCUCAAGCUCGUAAGCACGAUGUAUACAAGUACAUAAGCUUUCGUCACCAGGUUUGCGAUCUGUUAUGGGACCCAGCAGCGUCGAAAUGGGUCCUAACCAUCCGCAACGAAAAGGGAGCCACCAUGAUCGACCAGGCGGAUUUCGUGAUAACUGCCACGGGUCGGUUCAACGCGCGUAAGCUGCCUAGCUAUGACGGCAUCGAUGAUUAUAAGGGGACCAUUCGGCAUACAUCUGACUGGGAUAAGACGUUUGAUGUUACGGGCAAGGUAGUCGCAGUGAUUGGCAAUGGGGCCAGCGGCGUACAAGUCGUACCGUCUCUGCAACGCGUGGCAAAGCAAGUCGACCACUAUGCGCGGAGCAAAACCUGGAUUGCCGGGUCCGAUAGCAAGGAGGAGAGAACAUUCGAACCACAGUAUAUUACACAAGACCAACGCGACGCGUUCAAGAAGGAUCCCGAAGAAUACCUCAAGUUCAGGAAGGAGCUCGAAGGCAAGUCAUGGCGAGGGUUCACGAGCUUUUUGCGAGGCUCCGAAAGCAACAUACAAGCACGAGAACAGUUUAUUGAGUUGAUGCGGAAGCGCUUGGUGAAGAAGCCCGAGCUGUUGGAGAAUCUUGUGCCAGACUUCUCCCCCAACUGCCGCCGGCUUACACCUGGCCCUGGGUAUCUCGAAGCCGUCACCGAGCCGAAUGUCCGCCUCAUACAGACACCAAUUAAGCGCUUCACAGAGACUGGGAUAGAGACCACUGACGGACAGCAUAAUCCGGUUGACGCCAUCUUUUGUGCUACGGGCGCGAAUGUGGACGGAGCACCGACUUUUCCUAUCAGAUGCGGCGACACAGACUUGAGAACCGCCUGGAAACCCAACGGACAGUUUGGCUUCCCCUACACGUAUCUGGGCUUGGCGACUCCAGGGAUUCCAAACCUCUUCUUUGCACUAGGUCCUCACGGGAGCGGGCCAGCAGGAAACAUUAUUCAUAGUCUAGAAGUGCAGUUGACCUAUUACGCAAAGAUCCUGCGUAAAGUAUCCCAGCAGGGCAUCAAGAGCAUAGUCCCCAGCAAGAAGGCUACCGACGACUUCACCAGCUACAGCGAUGCAUAUUUCGCCCAGACGGUGCUCAGCGACAACUGCAGUUCGUGGUUCAACGGGGGCCGUCCAGGUAACAGAAUUCAUGGCAUUUGGCCUGGCAGCGCAGCGCAUCUCUCGACGGCCCGCAGAGAACCCAGGUGGGAAGAUUGGGAGUACGAGCAUAUAUCGCCGAGCGGGAAUGUAUUUGCCUACCUCGGGAAUGGCAUGACGGCCGCCGAACUUGACCCAGAUUCUGACAUGACGCCGUACCUCACGGCACCUGGGACGGUUGAUUUGCGAGAAGUGCAUGAGAAGUGGUGGAGCAUACCAUGA